AGAGCUACGGGCGCAGUCUGAUCUCUGCAGAUCGAGCAAUGCGCGGUCGAUUUGUACGGAUAGUGAUCUCUCCUGCGGGGAUUCUCGCUAACAUCGAUGGACACGAAGCGUGCUAGCUUUUUCACUUCCCGCACAUUUGCCAUCAGUUGGUAGUUUUUGCGUCACUGGUGAAAUCCAGCUGCGGUGAAAAUGCUUUUUUUGUCGUUCACGCUAUGACACCCAAGGGCAGGAGUUGCCUGGAUUUCUAGCUCUGCUGUCGGUCUUUAGGGCAAGCUUGCAACUUGUGUUGCGAACCAUGCGUUGACCAGAAGGUGUUGGAUUCUUGGCGAUUUUGCUACCAUAAUUAUUGUACCACGAUUUCGUUGAUGUUAGUCGAAUUCUUUUGGUCUCCACUUGUGUCUAUACUGCUUUUGGAAAGAUCUGUGUCCAUUUCUUCAAAAGACAUGGUUGUUUGCUUCCAGCGAGCUUUACACCAGGAUUAGGUAUCACUCAAACCAAAGAUGACAACAAAAAGUAACUCAUUUCCGAACGCGGAAUAUGAUCAACUGAAACGUAACGACUCCGAAAAGUCCACAACGGUGAUCAAGCAGGGCAACAAAAAGCUUCGGAGAAAGAUUUGUUUUAUUUUGUUAGGAUUGGGUGUCGUCUGCUUGGCCAUCAGUUGCAUUGCCUUGGGAAUAACACUUGCGCGGGAGAGGGCAAGUAGGCUGGAGGUCUGUGACCUACCCCAGUGCCUGAAGGAUGCUGCGCGACUCCGAGCAAACUUGGACCGAUCCGUUGAACCAUGUGAAGACUUUUAUAAGUUUUCCUGUGGUGGCUGGAUAAAGGCUAACCCCGCCCCACCGAAAGAGGCCUCGUGGACGGUGAUGAAUGUCAUGGCACAGCGCGCCCACCGAAGAGUCAGGGAAAUCCUCGAGGCUCCCGUCCGUAAAAAUACGAUCAGUUCGCCCGAAAGGAAGAUAAAGGAGUUCUACCAUUCAUGUGUGUAUGGACGGAGUAAUAAAGAUACUAUGGACGUUUUGAUGAGGCAUCUAAGUGAGAUUGGAGGAUGGAUACAUCCGCGGCAAAAUAUAGAAACCUGGGAUCAGAGAAAUUGGCGUUUCGAGAGUGCUCUACGGGCUGCCCAUUUCGACAUGGAAUCUCACCCAUUUUUCUUCGCUGGAAAAUCAUUACACGGCGAUCCUGAUUUAGGCAAAGUCACAGGACCAUACAUACAGUUCACGCCAAACAAAGGAUGUAUCCCGAAUCGAAACGAGGUAGCCUACACGAACUACCUCACCAAGAUGGCCGAGCUCCUCGGUGCAAAGAACGGAAGUCAAGCGUCACGUGACUUUAUAGAAGGCAUCAGACGAAUUGGAGAGAAAAUUUGUGAAGAUGAAUCCUCCUCCCCACCACAGCACAUCACGAACGACACCGUGCUCAUUCACGACCUGCACGGCCAUGAGAGCGCACACGACAACAACAACGAGACAUUUGAGGGACACACCUUCAGCUUCAUGAAGAUAUCAGAGUUUCAGGAAUAUGCACCUUCCAUUCGAUGGGGCGACUUCCUACGAUAUCGCUUCCCGGAUAUUACGGAUGACACAACAGUCAUUGUGAUGCAGAGAGAAUACUUUGAGAAAUUCAAUCAACUGCUCAAGACGGCCAGAAAAAAGGAUCUCCGAAAUUUCCUUAUCCUAAGAUCAAUCGAGCCUUUCCUUGAUUCCUUGCCUGAUGACUUUGACAGAGCGAAACGGCGUUUCCUUGACCAAGAUACUACUCCUGGCAAGUUAUCAAGAUGGGAGUACUGUUUGACAAAGCGUAUCGAUACAGUGAUGAGGUUCGCGCUACUUUCUGAAAUGGUCAACGCUAAUGAACGAUCCCUCCAAGAAUUUAAUCAGGUUCGUGAGAUAGUUGAAGAUGUCCGAGAGGCCUUUUUGACUCGUCUUGACCAAAUGACGUGGGUUGAUGGGGAAACGAAGAAAGACGUCCGGGCAAAGAUGAAAGACAUCAAAGCGAUGCUGGGUGCCCCUGUCUGGGUCCUUGAUGAGAGAAAACUAGAGAAGAUUUAUGAAAAUCUUGAUGUUAACAUUGAAUCCACCUAUCUUGAAAAUGACAUCCGGGCAGAACGAUUCCAAGCCUCCCACUACAUCCCUGCAAUUAUGGCCAAUGUCGAUCUCUCAAAGAAUACAGGAGUUGAAGAUCCACUUACGCCCCAGGCUUAUCAGGCCCCAGGAAAGAUCAUAAUCACGAACGGCAUCCUUCAAGAUCCCAUCUACAACUACGACUCAAUACCGUACAUGAACUACGGCAGUAUUGGAAGUAUUAUAGGCCACGAACUCGCCCAUGCCUUUGACAGCGAUGCGGGACCUCACAACAUUCAAUGGGGCACCAACUCAUCACAGCAACACUUCCUAAAGAGUAUCAAAUGCUUACAAGACUUCUACAAGACAUCCGAGUAUGACGGUAUCACAUUUGGUGCUGACCAUCCAAUAGAGACGCUACCACUUGGACAAGUCACAUCUGACGCAGCGGGGGUAAAGUGGUCGUUUGAGGCAUACCGGGAAUGGACAAAAAGAGAUAAACGAUCGAAGUUAGGUCUGCCUUCUCUGAAAUACACCCCAGACCAGCUCUUCUUCAUCAACUUGGUCCAGGGAGAAUGCCAAAGCAAAUAUUCACCAGAACAAACAUUCCCGAUGGGUUUCAGGAUGGCGGGGCUGGUGUCUCAGUUGAGGCACUUCCAGGAAGCAUUCCAGUGCCCUGCUACGUCAAGACACGGCGGCGAGUCUGUGUGUGAAUUUUGGUAAUUGGAUGACGGCGUGAAAGCCAUGACAAAUCAUAAUUGCGUGGCAUUGGACACUGGUCUCUGAUCACGAUCUCUUUUAUUAGAGCCACGUUUGUGCUGAAAAUGAAAUCGACAUUGUAAAUUUUGGAGUUAUUUUUUUGGAGGUAUCUGUGCAUUUGAGUGCUGGCUGUGUCAGUCCAAGUUUUGUAUACGUGAUUACUAACCACUAAUGCUGGUGACAUAGUGGUUAAGACGCCCAUCUCAUGACCGAGAGAUCGACGAUUCGAGACCCGUAGGUAGUUCGUUCCGAUUCUGCCAGUUGGUUAGCAAACAACUACAGCAUAACAAUUUGAAUUUUCGAUCAACGAAGAGCUUGUCCUUUAAGUGUCUCCUGACCCUUUGGGUGACGCUACACAGGGUGAGACAAAACGAGUAAUUAUAAAGUAAAGGGUUAUUACGUCAUUGAUUUUCUUCUUGGUAGAAUGAAAGAUCAGGAAAGUACGACUUAUCCGUUGACACCUUCAUUAUAAUCACCCGAUCGCGCAUCGUUGAGCAGCAACAGUGCAUUGAAAACUGGAUAAUCUAGGAUAUCUUAUUACAUGUAAUUGAUUAGGGAAAUACACAAAGACUUGAGGAGGACAUCAAAGGCACGGAUAUAACUACCUACAUCUAUUCAGCUAAUAGAGGUCAUCAGAGGAUGGUCUUAAAAACGCACAAACUACCAAUUAAUAUCAAGUUAUCAUAUGAUAUAUCAACUGUUUACCGUGUAUAGUAUACUGUGUACUUGUACUUUUUCAGCUUUAGUAAUGCAAGAUGUCGUUUUUAGGAUCAUCAUCAACCAUACUUAUUGCACGUACAUAACCUUGUAUGGGUAUGUUGUGAAUACAUUUGAACAUGUUUAAAGAUGUGUUAACCGUUGUCAACCACUUAUAUCGUCUCGCCGAUGUGUGUGGCAUGUAGAAAUAUAAAAAGAAUUUGAAUUCCGGAAGGAUUUUUGAGAAAUCACACUUGUGCUGUUUCGCUUUGGUGACAUAAAAAGGAGUUUUCGCAAACCAUCGAAACGCCAACGCCAAUCCCAUUGUUCGACAUCCUGCGCUUGGGUUUCGGAGGCUUUGCAAAUACUCAAUACCAUAUAUUAAAGGCGAAGUGUCUCGUGUUAGUUACUAAGUCUCCGUUGAGAAAGCGCACUUGGCUGAAGAUGUGCACGAGCAGGUCUUCGGAUGUACACGUACCUGUACUUCGGCCUAUUAUUUCUUUGAAGUACCCAUUGUCAAGUCACGACUGAUUCCAACAGUCAUCUAUAUCUUGUUUAUAAAACACUGUGAUACGGGGUACAUUAACAUUUUUUACGCCGGUUCGGCAUUAUCUCGAGGCACUCCUCCUUAAAAGACCCCUGACGUUUGUUUAAACUUUGACUGAUCAGCAAAUUCGGUUGAGAGAAGUGCAAGUUUAGAUAAAUGGUAGGCUGCGUUCGUUAUUGUUACAUGUUAAGCUAUCGUCUCAUGUUCUUGUUAUUCUUAAAAAUAUUGAUUGAAUUGAGGGAACGUGAGCAAUCUUUGCUCACUAUUGGUUCUUUAGACAACAUUUUGGUGCAUUGUUCUGUAGGAGGAAACCUACCCUGUCGACGAGAGUACCGUCUCAAUCACAUGAGUAUACCAGGACCAAACAGGAAUCGAACCCGGGACCUCUGUGGUGACUGACGUCGAUGUUUUCAUUGCGCAACUCCAGUCCGAGGUUGUUCAUACUGUAUAUAAAACCGUGAACUUAUUUCUUCUUGAAUGUUAAUUAUGGUCGCUAAUAAAACAGCCAAAUCUGUGAAAAA